CUUCCGUUAUUCUGCAAUCCUGAGUUGGCGAGUGAGUUCGUUUCUCAGCCGUACCACAGCGAAUGGAAGAGGACAAGAGGGAUUCGUCUGCCUCUCACGGAGGCGGCAAAACUGUGAAACAAUGCGAAUCAAUGAUUCAAACAGGCCGCCAAACUCCAAUCGCAAGGUUUUUGAUGGAAAGCAUGGAGAAAGCCGGUUGUCCUGUGGGGAACAAUUUCUUCAAAGCUGUAAAUUGCACGAAGAACGUUUCCGGCGGGUACGUCCCUGGUUAUGGGAUAAUAUUGUGUAUGAAUAAGAUUCAUCUACAAGAUGAGGUCAACCAGGUGAUAGCUCACGAGCUGAUUCAUGCGCUGGACGAGUGUCGUGCUGCCAAUUUGGAUUGGACUAAUUGUGCUCACCAUGCUUGUAGUGAGAUCCGAGCUAAUCACCUGAGUGGGGACUGUCAUUUCAAGCGCGAAUUGCUCCGAGGGUACUUGAAAUUACGCGGCCAGGGAGCUGAAUGCGUGAAACGAAGAGCUCUGUCAUCGUUGUCUGGAAACCCUCAUUGCUCCGGUGCAGCAAUCGCCGAGUACGCCAUGGAAUCCGUUUGGGAUAUUUGUUACAAUGACACACAGCCCUUUGACAGAGCUCCAUAA